UUAUUUUACUCGUACGUUUUGUUGACAUAUAUUUCAUUUGAUUUGGUACAAUUGGAAUUAAUAUAUAUAUAUAUAUAUAUAUAAUUUGACAGUUUUUUUUUACCGUCAGAGAGUUUUAAACCCAGCAAUGACGAAACAAUCAGCUCAAAGGAUCUAAUGAGAUUUCCUAAGACGAUGAAUCACAAUUAAUGACGAAACAAUGAUCUCAACUCCCACAAACGUCGAAAGCCAUAUGUUAAACGACAAGCUACGUGUUUACCUACAUUUAUGAACUUCAAAAUGUAAAAUAUAUCUUUUUGAUACACUUACAAUUUGAAUAGAUAAAAUGAUGAUAAUAGGCAACUAAUCAAAAUUUGGCACUGAAGUAAGCAAGAUUUUGGUUGUUAUUUUAGUUUUAAGACGCUGCUUCUAAUGGAGACUAAUAAUAAAAACAAAAAUAAGGACAUUGAUUGGUCUAGAUAUGGACUUGGUACAGAAACUGCACAAAGAGUUCGUGCUAAUACUAGUGGAUUUGUAGAUUUAUCAAACAAUUUUGAGUAUAGCGCUGGUGGUCAUCAAGCUUUUGGGGCAAAUGAAUUAUUUGCAGAAGAACAGGGUGAUGUGCCUUGGUGGAAAUCAAAUUUCUUUAUAUCACAACCUGUUUUAUUUGGUACAUGGGAUGGUGUGUUCACAUCAUGUUUGAUAAAUAUAUUUGGAGUCAUAGUUUUUUUGAGAUCAGGAUGGAUUGUAGCAGAAGCAGGAGUUCUGAGUGCUGUGCUAAUGGUUUUAUCAACAGUAUUCAUUGCUCUCAUAACUGUUUUAUCUUCUGUUGGAAUAUGUGAAAGAUGUAGAAUCGAGAGUGGUGGAGUUUACUUUGUGAUUGCUCAUGUACUUGGAUCUAAAUUUGGAGGGUCUUUAGGACUCCUUUAUUGUUUUGGACAGGCUGUUGGAUGUGCCCUUAAUGUUCUUGGUUUUGGGGAAUCUAUGGCUGAACUAAUAGGUCUGGGAAAUUCAAUAUGGGCUGUACGAUUUAUAGCAGGAGCAGCAGUACUUUUACUAGGAGUGAUAAAUGUGGCAGGAGUCAAAUGGGUUAUAAAAUUACAAUUUAUUCUAUUAUUAAUCCUGUUACUAGCAGGUCUUGAUUUUAUGGUUGGCAGCUUUGUACAUACAGACAUAGAACAUGGAUUUGAGGGGUGGCUUUCAAACAACUUGAAAUUAAAUAUGUUUCCUAACUUUAGUCCAAGCAAUAAUUGGUUCAUAGUUUUUGGUGUCUUCUUUCCAACAAUAACUGGAAUACUUUCCGGAAUAAACAUGAGUGGAGAUCUCAAAGCACCUUCUACGAACAUUCCGAAUGGAUCUUUAGCAGCAAUAAGCACAGGCACAUUCCUCUACCUCGUAUUUGUGAUAUUUUUAGGGGCAACAUGCAAAAGAAGUUUUUUGGAAAAUGACUAUUUGAUUGCAGCAAAAGUAUCAGCCUUCAGUGUCUUAUUAUUAGCAGGGCUGUAUGUUUCUUCUAUGUCCAGUUGUCUUGGUGCUAUGUAUGGAACACCUAGAGUCCUGCAAUCUAUUGCAUUAGAAAAUGUCAUACCAAGUAUAAGCAUCCUUGGUACUGGGAGAGGUCCAAAUAAAGUACCUUUAUACGCAAUGAGUGUUGUAGCUUUUGUAACAGUAGCUUUUAUAUUAAUUGGAGAAAUAAACGUAUUAGCUCCUAUUGUGACAAUGCCAUUUUUAUUAACAUAUGCCAGUGUGGAUUACGCAUAUUUUGCCCUUGCACAAACAUUUGACAUACAACACCAAAGAGAACAGAGAUUUCAUAAACCAAGGGUUCAAAGCUCCAUGUUAGGCUCUGAAGAGAAUGACUUGGAUAUAUUAUUUCCUGAGAGAACCAGACAUAAAACUUUGAGGGGAGAAUCAGGCUCAGGAAGUCCCAGUAGCCCAGAAGAAAAUGAUGAUUUGGCAUUGAUAAUGGCUAAAACUCACAUUCACUCUAAACCGAAGAACUGGUAUUCUAAUUUGUGUAAUAGGUGGCUAUCGUUAUUUGGUGCUGCUUUGAAAAUUGUAAUAAUGUUUUUGGUGAAUUGGGUGUACGCUAUUAUUUGUAUAACGGUUGUGUUCUUCGUUUGGUUGUACAUAGGUACAGCAAAUCCUGCUGUUAAACCUGGAUUGGCUGCAGAGUUCCGGUUUUUCAAAUGGUUGAGAAUUAUCUUACUACGUUGUAUGGGAAGACGUGUAUACGACUAUGAGCAAAUUGUUGUUACACCAGUUCAUCCAGGGCUUAAUGUUACAUCUUCUCAACUUAAUGAAGAUAACGAAGAUUUUGCUAAUAGAAGAAGAUACCAUCAAUCUGCCACUGUUCAUGGACAUAUGGUCAAUAUCGAUGAUUGAUCCUGUCAUUUGAUUUAAUUUAUUGAAUUGUAUAUAUUUUCUAUAUUGUUUUUGUAUAAUCUGAGAAAUCCAAAGUAAAAUUAUUUUCUGAAAUAUUUUUUCAAGAUACUUGUCUUGUAUAUUAAUGUAUUAACAUAAAAUAGCUUAAACUAC